UCUUCAACUACAAAUUUUCUUCAUAAACUUAUGUUGGGUUGUUGGGUACAGAUAUUGAAGAAGAAGAAGAAGAAGAAGAAGAAUAGCUCAAGAAGCUCACCUAGAUCGGUUAAUUAUUAGAUUGAAAAUGGAUUCAAUCUGCAACCAAGAAAAUCAUAAUAGGAUCAUGGUUGAAGGUGAAGAAGAUGAUGAUCUUGAUUCAAUUUCUUUUUCUUCAGAAAUUUCGAGCAAUUCGAUCUCGUCGUCUCUAUCAGAUUUCAUGGACGAUGCAACGACGGCGACAGAAUCAUCGGCAGGUUCAUCUUCUUCCUUGGAUCAACUCACUAGUAAUGGUCCUUUGUAUCAGAUGUCCUCUCUCAUAAAACAACUCCCUUUCAAGAGAGGACUAUCAAGGUAUUACCAGGGAAAAUCAGAGUCAUUUACGUCUUUAUCAAAUGUAAGGAGCUUAGAGGAUCUUGCCAAGCCAGAGAACCCAUUCAAUAAGAAGCUCAAGACAUGGAGAAGCUAUGAAGGAUUAUCAGAGAGGUCUAAGAUUAUCUCAAAGAAGACUUCAAGGGGUUUUUGUUAUGCAGCCAAUGUGAGGAUGAGAAGCAACAGCUUCUUAGGCAACAACCGGCCUUUGAAUGCUUAG